AAGACGAGGAAACGGCAACGGUUUUCCUUCAUCGUGAGCCUUUCGUGUCGUUUGGAAUUUGUAUACAUCGAGAUUCGGUUCGCAGCCGUCUGUCUUGUGAAAUUUCUGGAAGUUAUAAUUGCAAGAAAAAAUCCGUAUAUGUAUAUUGUGAAAAUCACCGGUGUAUAGUGUAAUUUCGUUGGCUUGUGAAAAUUCUGUGAAAGUGGGUGCGAAAUUAUUAUAUAUUUAUUUUUUUGUGGUAAACGGUUGCGUCCAGAGCGUUUUCUAGUUUGAAGAGUGUUGUUUAAGUUUUUUCAAUACUACUAAAAGUGUCGUCACACCCAUGUGCGAGCUUUAAGUGCACGCAAAAAUUAUCAAUACCGAAGCGUCGAGGAAAAAUCGAAAUUGCACGAAAACUAGGGAAGCAAGGAAGAGUGUAAAAACUCCCAAGCACAGUUAGAGCCCACAGGAAGCAAACGGCGAAAUUUAAUUGGUAGAGUGAUAUCUACGGUACUGCCACCAGUGUACAUUGAAUUGGGAUUGUGAAAAAACAACAAAAACUACAAUAUCAUUAUUCCUUCGAGAGUAUUGCAGCAAAUAGAAGCAAUUGCACUAGCUAACUCAACAACACCAACAAGUAGGCAAUUACGCUGCAUUGUGCGCACUAGUCUUGCGCUAUUCUUAGAUUAUCAUCUGCACUCUUGUGAGCCCAUCGAAAUUGUUUGUGCAUCCAACGCGAAUUGCCAAAAUAUUUGGUGUUGUAACAUUUUACCACGACUAGGUACGCGAAACGUCUGUAGGGAAUUCGUGUUUGAGCACUGCCCACAAAAGUUUGCCGGGCGUACUUUUAUAGUGCAAAUACACCAGCAACUACAAUAGUGGUUGCCUUUUUCAGCAUAUACCAGAAAUUUAUGCGCUCUACCGCAACGGCGGCGUCAAAGGUGUACAGUCGAAGGAGUCGUUACAGUUACAGCAGCGGCAGCAGCUGAAGACAGGUGAAAUCCAGCUACGCUUCAGAAUGCUAUUUGCAGCUUGUUCCACCGCAGCGCCCAAGGUGCUGCAGCAUACUACGCACACCGCAAGCAAUUUGGGGCAGCAGCAGUUGACAACGUUGCAACAGCUGAAAGAUCAGCAUGCGAUGUCCUUGUCGCCGUCGUCGUCGUCAUCAUCUUCGGGUAUGCCAACGCCAUUGCAAAUGUCACCGAAACAUCAAGUGGUAUCAACAGGAACUGCAGUUGCAGCAGCUGCGGUGGCAGUGGCAGCGGCUGCGCGUGCAAACGAGGAGGCCAAAGAGGCAAUGCGUAAACUCGACGCUAAGCUGGUCGCCUACUUGGCCGGUGAGACAAAGCUGCAACCAAAGCAACGAAAGCAAUCGGAGCAGGAGCUGGAGUUGAAUUCGCAAAUUGAUAUAAAUGACUACACCGAUGAAUUUGCUUUGGAAGAAUUCGAAGAUCCUGUAGAAGAAACAGUUGAGAAUAUCACGCGCGAAGAGCUGCAGCUAUUUAGGCGCAUCAAGAGCGUAAAACUGCAAUUGGAAGCGCUCACACUAGAACCAGAAGGCACUAAACGCAUGGAAUUGCUGCAGAAUGAGACACGGCCCAUAUUCACCGUUGAAUGUCAGCUAUCGCAUGAGUUGAUCAAGCAUGUGCCGCGCUACGAAAUGUUCCACAUUAUGCAAUUCGAAUCGGAGAAGUUCCAUAGUCUAACUCAGUGUACGCGUUUCGGUCAGGAAGCGCAGCGCGAUGUCAACUUGACGCCAUUAAUUGAUGAACUUGAUUGCAUGAAUGGCAACAACAACAACAAUAACAACACCAUUGUAGAUAUGCCAAACUUUGGCCGCAUACACUUUGCAGUGUGGUGGCGCGAACCGGGUACUUGCUUGAAUGAAAUGCUUGGCAUGGGUGUUUUCGAAUUGCGCGAACUGUACGAUGCGGCACUGUUGGAACAAUGCAAGCGCAUAACCAUUCAGAGACGUGGCGUACCAUUGGCAUAUAUCUAUUUAAAAAUUAAUCUACUCUUGUGCGCAUCAGCUGACACCAACAACAACUCUACAAGCAUGACCUGUGAGGCAAUAGCAAUUAAGCAGCACCCAGGCGGUGAUAAGCAACAUGAAAAUACAAAAACCGCUGGUGGUGGUGCCGGCACUGACGUAAAUACCACCAAUGUGUCACAAUCGUCAGCUGCGGCAGCUGAAACCGCAUCAACCUCUUCGAAUACUAAAGCAAAUGAAACCAACACCAAAGAUAGUAAUACCCCUAAAGUAGAUACAGACAGCAUCUUCGAUAAGGAAACGAUGAGGGUACGCCUCCUAACAGGCCUCGUGUGCGCAUGUGAGGUUCGUCAAUUGCAAAUGUGCGCAAAUCGUGAGUAUCAUCUUGUGUGCGAUCGCUUUUGGAAAGCAGAGCAAGCCACAGCCAAGUCUAUGGCCGUGCAACAAUUCUACUAUCAAGAGCAAUUUGCCGUAGUCCGGGAUGAGCAGUUUCUGAGUUGCGUUAAAGGUAAGCAAUUGAAGCUACAAAUUUGGGAUCGUCCCUUGGGUCCAGAAACCGUAGAUGGCAAUGGAAAUCCGCGAGGACCAUUACAAUCGAGUGAACCGCUGGCUCCAGUAGGCGUGGUGCUAUUACCGUUGCAUCAAUUUUAUAUAGCAUUCAGCAAUGAAAUUAUGGUAAACCGAUUGGUUACAGAGAAGCUUCCCGUCAUCUCCGUUGAUGCCUGGUCACCGAUAAUAGGCCAGAGUGGUGAGAAGAUUGGUGAAAUUAAGUGUCUGUUGGCUAUUGGUAGCGAAGACCAGAUCAAUUAUCUUAAACAGGAUCGUGGCUUUCGGCCUCUACAUGCCGACAUGUUUAAUUGUGUUGCCAUGAACACUCUACACGAUCCACUCUAUCCAAAUCUUCGCAUGCCGCUUGAAAAUAUUGUGCGACCGCCAACAGUCAAACCAAAAAGUAUUCGGCCUACUGUAGAAUUGAUGGAAAUGUUGCAGAAGGCAUUGCAAAAAGUUCAGCCGCCGCCUUUGCCAGCACGAACAGUAGUAUCACCAGCUCCAACUCAGCCGACAACAACGACAACAACAGCUGCUCCGCCGGCAAGAGAUUCAAAUGAGUGUGGGGCUACUCAACCCGUGAUACGUUUGCCAGAACGCACCUUCCAAUUUGAGCUGUUCAUUCGGUGUGCGGCUGCAUUGGCUUUGAAUCCUGCCGCUAAGGGUAAGGGUGGAAAGCAUAGCGCCAAGCGUUCGGCAUCGAAACGUUUUCCGCCAGGCGAAGCACCAUCUACGUAUGUUACAUUUCAAGCGGAUGCGUGUUUGGGCGGUGGUGGACCCUAUAAGUCGCACGAAGGAAAUGUCUACGCCACAGAGGUUGCGGAGCGUUCCACGCAUCCGAAUUGGUCGGAGCGCUUUUUGAUCACAGUGGGCGCAGAAUAUUUGGAAAAUCCGAAGCAAAAUUUCAUUCUCAAGCUUUGGAAGAAGGCAAAUGUACCGCCUGGCACUACCAGUAGCUCAACUUCCACCACAACUUUGGUGCCCAAACCCAUUGAUGAUGCCAUCAUCGGUUUUAUCGCCUUAGACUUGAGCACUUUUUUGCAUGGCCUAUACAUUGGUGGCAUCUUCAAUGUGAUAGAUUUUAAUGGACGUAUAAAUGGACAGUUACAGUUGCAUGCCAAGCCAAUAGAUGGCUGGUACGCUAAGUACCUUGCUCACUUAGUAUUUCAGCAAACCCAAAUGCAAAAAAGUGAAUUACAAUUAAAGGCGGCGGAUAGUGGUGAUGAAAGCGCACAAGACCCUUCGGACGGUGCCACCGAGGACCCAGUUAAAAGAUUUGGUAGCGCAAUUCAUAAAGCCGUCAGUGCUAAAUUAGAGGAACUGAAUGAUAUCUCUCAACGCUUGCGCAUGCGUCUUAGCGAUAUAACCGGCGAACCUUUGCCAAACCAGUUGAAUACGACGGAGUUGAAUGAUUGGCGCCCGCUCAAUUGUGACUUGGAGGAGUUUUCCAUAGAUAAUGAAGUGACUGAAUUCGAGCGCGAUAUUAAUUCAAGUCCGUCGGAUGAUGAGAAUGUUCCUCAAUUAGUAAAGGAUAUGAUAUCGGUGUCAACGGAAAUCAUAAAGAAGGCCGCUUUGGAUGUAGGUGAUAAAGCUAGGGAUGCUGACUAUGCGGUUGGCGAUCGUAUAGUCGAAGGAACGGUUGAUGAUAAUAAAAGUGAUAAAACAGAAAUAUUGAUCUCAAAAACGGCGCCAGGAGCGGCCGACUCCACUGUCGAAUAGUGGCGACAUAAAUGCAGGAAAAUAACUAAGUCAGCAGCAGCGAUGAAAGCAAGAAUUAAGAUUAUAAUUAAAAUUACACAUAACACAUUGGCGCUUUUGCGUCAAGCCAUAGCACACUUAGCAUCACAAUUAACAUUUUCACCAACACCACCACCACCACCGACCGAAAGAGCAUCACAUUCAAUCCCUUUCAUAAUUAAAGCGCUCAUUGCAUUUUCAAUAAAGGCUCAAUAGUACUUAACUAAUUGUAUGCUUAAUACGUAAAGCGCAUGUUUUGCCAAUUUUUAUUAAUAUUAUUACAUAUAAAUUUGUUUACGAGUAUGAUGUAACUAUUACAAAAACUGCUACUAUAGUGGAAGUUUUAAAAGGUCUGCGAUUCUUAAUAGCUAAGCAAAAUUGUUAUCACUUUCUUCCCUCCUUACCUUUAUAAAUAUUGUAUUUCACCCAGUUAGCAUUAAUUACUUAAUUGAUAUACAUAAAAAUGUAGUUACGUAAAUACAUACAUACGUUUAAGUAAUCAAUUAUAUACUAAAUUUCGAAAGAAAAUAAAAUCGUAUUCAUAAAUGAAGUAUUUAGUUUCACCAAGUUAUUAUUAUUAUUAUUAUUAUUAAUUAUUAAUUAUUAUAAACAUUUUUGAAAAUUCCAUAAAAGUAGAAAUGCAAGGCAUUCGAUGAUUAUUGAUUAGAAUCGUAGGAAAUGAGCAAAUUAACUAUGUAAAUUCUUAUAUAAUAUAUGCCCAGCAACAAUCUUUGUGUAAAAAAUUGAAAUGAAAAUCAAAAUAAAUUCAAUAAAAUGAAAUGUUACCGGUUUUAUGUGAAAUCAAA